UGUGACCUUCCCGGGCCGACAACCGCGGCGGCGACGACGACGUUAUAUACGUUUAGUGGAAAAGCAGUCGUGUGUGUGUGUGUGUGUGUGUGCGUCGGUCGGUCGGUCCGUGUGUGUGUAUAUAUAUAGAUAAAAACAUUGAUAGAGAGAGACGUGUCAUAGCGCUUUUUGAAAACUGUAGAUACUUCGGCGGGGAGCAAAGAUGAUGUCGAAACUGUACGUGGGGAAUUUGCCGGCGGACGUGAACGAGGGCACCCUGCGACAACUGUUCCUGGACCAGGGCCUCAGCGCCACCAACGUGCUCGUCAAACGGGGCGGCUACGCCUUCGUCGACUGCCCAGACCAGUCCGGCAUCGACAGGGCGAUCGAGGAGCUGAACGGAUAUAACUUCAUGGGGCACAGUAUCGUCGUAGAGCCUUCAGUGGCCGGCGGAGGAGCAAAAAGAGCAGUGCUGGAGACGAGAGUCAGAGUGAGCGGCGUUCCGGUACACGCUAGACAGGACGAGCUGGAGAGAGUCCUCCGGAGUGUGGGCGAGAUCGAGAAGUGUGAAAAGUACGCCUCCAGAGACGGACAUACGCAGGUGGUGCAUGUUACCUAUGAGAGCAUGGACGCCGCCCAAGAAGCUGCCAAGAGAUUAAACGGCUACAACCUAGACGGAGGAGUUCUCAGAGUAGACAGACUCAUGGAUAGAAGGCGGAACCCCAGAGGCGCCAUGGGCGGAGGACCGAUGGGCGGACGUAUGGGCGGUCCAGGGGCGACGUCCCCGUCGCAGCGACAUACCGAUUUCCCUCUUCGCAUUCUGGUACUCAGCGAGAUGGUUGGGGCCAUUAUAGGUCGGCAGGGUUCCACAAUUAGGACAAUCACACAACAGACUCGUGCUCGUGUAGAUGUGCAUAGAAAGGACAACGCUGGAUCGUUAGAGAAAGCAAUUACGAUCUAUGGAAAUCCAGAAAACUGCACCAAUGCCUGUAAAAGAAUAUUAGAAGUUAUGCAAGAGGAAGCAAAAAACACAAACAAAGGGGGAUUGGAUGACAUGGAUCCGGAGGCAGAUAACAUAAGGAAGGGGGGAUUGGAUGACAUGGAUCCGGAGGCAGAUAACAUAAGGAAGGGGGGAUUGGAUGACAUGGAUCCGGAGGCAGAUAACAUAAGGAAGGGUGAGAUUCCCCUGAAGAUUCUUGCUCACAACAAUCUCAUUGGCCGCAUCAUCGGCAAAGGAGGGAACACCAUCAAGAAAAUCAUGGACGACACCAGUACGAAGAUCACCAUUUCUAGUAUAAAUGAUAUCAACAGUUUCAAUCUGGAAAGAAUUAUUACCAUAAAGGGCAACAUUGAUGAUAUAGCAGUAGCAGAAAACAUGAUCAGUUCACGCCUUAGGACAAGCUAUGAAAAUGACUUGCAAGCGUUUGCUCCUCAGAGCGCCAUGUUCCCAGGUUUACAUCCAAUGGCCAUGAUGUCAACUGUGGGCUUUGGACUUCCCCGCAGCAGCGGUAGUGCGAGUGGUGGCAUGGGCAUGUACGGCUCUUCUCCGACCACAUACCCUCCCCUGUAUCCAUCUCCUGUCCAGGGCCAUGGUUCUCAUGGGUCAGAAGUGUGUGAGGAAACUGCAUACCUCUACAUCCCCAAUUCAGCAGUAGGAGCAAUCAUUGGUACGAAAGGUUCUCAUAUUCGUAACAUAAUUCGGUUUAGUGGGGCAUCGGUGAAAAUUGCAGCACUCGAGGAAGAAGGACGACCCACCGAACAGACAGAGCGGAAAGUUACUAUUGUUGGCACCCCUGAAGCCCAGUGGAAGGCGCAGUUCCUUAUCUUUGAGAAGAUAAGAGAGGAAGGGUAUGGCGUUGGAGUAGAGGAUGUUCGGUUAACAGUUGAAAUCAUAGUUCCAUCAUCGCAGGUCGGCCGAAUAAUCGGUAAAGGUGGUCAGAAUGUUCGUGAUCUCCAACGUCAGACAGGUUCAGUAAUUAAGCUUCCUCAACAAGGCUCCACUACUUCUGAAGAUACUACCGUCCACAUUGUAGGCCCUUUCUUCUCUGUACAGUCGGCUCAGCGCCGCAUCAGAGCUAUCAUCCAGAUGUCAACAGCUCCUAGCAGUGGGCGCGGUAGCCGGGGACCUUCUACGUCACGGAUGCAGUGAGGUCUUAGUUAAAAAGAUGAUCGACUCGAGAAAAGUUCCGCUAGCAUGCUAGGACCCGUACGCCCCAAGCGAAAUACCAAAGAGAAGAUUUUGGAGCAAAGGACUAACUGCGUGUGUUGGCGGCUGACCCUCACUUGACCUCGCUUGCUUGCUUGUUUUGCCUCUGGGGCCCAGGCUGGCUGACCUGAGCCUGACCAACGCAUCACGGAUCUCAGGGGGAUAAGUCUUGAGUAGAGUAUUGCAUUGUAGUUAAAUUGAUUUGCGUUGAUGUAUUUUGUAGGAUCUCUUAUUUUUGUCAUAGAGGAAAAUCAAUUGGUUUAUGGCAAAAUGUGAAUUGCUUAUAGUAAAUGCCUUUCCUGUAAUUAGAAAAAAGGUGAUCAUGUGAUGUGACCUUUUGCCAUUUUACGUGUGAUGUGUAUACUGUACUUGGAUUGACCGUCACCCGUCCUGGGUCCCAGAAAGAGUUGUGACUGAGAGUAUUGUUGUAGUAACAAGCCGCUUGUGCACGCAUGUGUGCGCAUUUAGGCUUAUGAUGUGUGCAUCUGUAGGUGCACACCUGAGGCUCCUGUGUUGAGUUCUGACCCCCUGUGUACACAUGCCGACCCCACCAGUCAAUUUUGCGGUCGGUUGAGACGAGUCAUAGUACACCAGGCAACGAUAAAGCCUAUUGGCUCGUGUUGAAGUGGUGUCUGCUCGUCUAGUUAGUGUGGGCGCUGUUGAUAUCAGGGCUCCGCUGUUUAGUUAACUAGUACAAAAGUUUGUGGAAUAUGAUGGACCAUUGUUAUAAUAUGGUCUUUUUUGUACGCAAAGUUAUAACAAAGUUUAUUUUUGUACCUUGUUGGAGCAAUUUUUGUUAAAUUUUUUUUAAUGAAGGAAGAUAUUAUAAUCAUAGCAUGGAAAAUGCUAUAUCAAAAAAAUGAAAGCCUUGUCAGCUCUUUCCACGUACCAACUCUCUCUAGGUCAAUACUAGACCCUAUAGGCUGACUCAUCACCAGAGACUUGGCGCACGCUCGAGUCACAACAUUUCCGCUACUCCAUAACGGUGGACACCCACAGUUGAACAAGAAGUAAAAUAAAAUAAAUUGAUUUACAGGGGAUCAAGUUUCUGAACUCACAAAACAAAAACAAAGUAUGCAAAACAGGAAAUAACGUAUACUCUAUAUAGAAUGCCCACUGAUUUUGUAGUACCAUGAACAUUGAAUACCACUCAGGUGACAAGAAGCUGAUUUACUGCAGUACACAAGCCUGCUGCUGCUGCUGCUGCUGCAUGCUGUGUCUGUGAACGUGGGGUGGAGGGCCACUGGCACACUCCUCCCUUCCCCCCCACAUGUGCUACCUCACUCCUACGCCAACUAUGUCAGUUCCCAGACCACCCCAGAGACUUUUUCAUGCAUAUUUCUUCUUCAAAAUAAAUGUUUGUGUUAUUAUAGAUAAGCCUUGUCUGUUACUACUUUUCAUUUCUGUGAAGGAAGCACCAGGAAAAUCUGUUUUACUUUGUAAUAAGGGGAAUGGUUGCAAUCUCUUGCUGUUAACAAUGUAGUAUACUACACAAUCAGUUUCUGAAUUGAAUUGGCUAAUGAUUACUAAAAGGAAACAAAAUGAUUUGAAAUUAACUUCUAACUGUACUAAUUACUACUGUUAUUCUUUCACGGCUGAUUGUGUCUUAUGCCAUCCGGUGUGACAGUCUCAAGUAGAGAAUUUUGCAUGAAUGUUAUAGGCUAUUGCUGUAUUUUGUUUUUCACUGACUCCCUGGGUUGGUCUGGGCCUGAAAAUGCUGCCGUUUGCUCCCGUCGACAAAGAAUGUGAAGCAUUGGGCAUGAUACAGUUAACCAACCAUGUGAUAUGAGCUAGUUUACCCACUACUUCGUGGCUGCUUAAGCUAACACGACAAGUCGUUGGAGCUCUAUCAAUGCAUCUCAGUGACCAAUUAGUAUAGAGUUGCACCUAUGGGUGCGUAUGUGAGAGCCCUUAAGCAGCCAGAAGAAACAAUGAAUUGUGGGUCAUGUAUAGCAGUUAGCCAUACCAUACCCAGAGCGCCAUUCCUAUAACUCGGGAUGCUGUUAGACUUCAACUCUCCAACAUCAUUGUCAACUAGUUUAGGUUCCUGUUUGAAGUGGCUAGAAGUUUUAUUGGCUGUGUUAAAUGUAAACUUUGUUAUGCUCUUAAUUGGCUUUUUUCAGCCAAGCUGGUUUUCAGUAAUGUUUCAGAGUUGAAAGUCAAGCCUGUGCAGAGAUCCAUUGGCCGUAGGUGCGUUCCAUGUAGACGCUCUAUUUGAAUAUGAAGUUCUGUUUGCCUGUAUUCCCACUGGACUGAAAAGAGACAAUUGGUCAUUUUUGAAGACGUUUGAAUAGUUCAUCCAUAAGGAAUAAUAUGCUGUAUAACUCACAAAACCAUACUGUACUAAAAUACUGUAUUGCUUUGAGUUCCAAAUCGCCAGUGGUACCAUAUUAGUCGUCUGAUUAAACAGCACUUGGUUUUUUGCGCUAGUGUAUGUGACAGUUUCCUCACAGAUUACCUUUCAGAUGACAGGUUUCGGGGCCCUCUGUCUGGAUGCUUGAAGAAGGGAUAAUAGUCAGAAGAGAAACAAAAGUCAAAUGUUCAAAAGUUCAAUUUUUGGGAUCUGUCAAAUUAACCUCCCACUUUUACUUCAACCUUGUGGCUCAUUCAAAUUAAUAUGAACGGUUUAACCAGAUUUUUAGCGAUUUCAGAAUCAUAUUCUUCUAGUAUUCAGCCAAAGGGCCUUUUUCAUAGUAUCAAGUUUGUUUAGCUGUUAUGUUAGAUUAUGUAUGAGGAAUUCUUACCCAUCAUGGUUCACUUUUGACAUAAUUUGUGAAGCACUUGAAGACUUGCGGGUGGAAAGAAAGUUUUGUUUUUUUUUUUCAUUUUUUUUUUCUUUUCAAAAUGGAAUUUUUUGAAUCAUCAUCAUUUAACAGGUAAUUGUUUGUUUGCAUUGCAUUGCAUUUCUAUACAUAAGCAAAAGGAUAAAUAACAUUUUUCGCUGCUUUGGUUUUCUUCCCACUCGCCAGUGCAGGGGAGGCGGCGUUGUGGACGCAGCUCUGUGCUCGUGGCUGCUGUGUCCACCUCUCCUCCCGCUGUUAGCGGAGAGCGCAAGUGAUGUGGUAGUGGGUAUGGUUGGGGCUCCUGUAAUAUACGAGAAAUAUGAUGGCCCUGGCCAAGUCACCACCUCACCACUUAUGCCCAUGCUAAGUUGAUGAGGGUGUCUUUGUUCCAAGGUGUUUUGCAUUUGGCCUGAGUAAGUGUUAACAUGACUCGGAUGGAACCAUUAACUCCCACUUGGCUAGAGGCAGUUAAUAUUGUUAUGAAUGAUUAUAUAUAUUUAUAUAUAUAUGAAGCCUUUAUUAUUAUUAGUUUUAUUGAACUGCACUUUAAACGUGUUCCAAGUUACGACAUAUUUUUAGACUUCUCGUCGUCAAGUGGGAGCUUCUGGUUAAAACUUAAAAGUAAAGGUUAUCUAUUGGAAAUGCAUUCCAGCUAUUCCUGUUCAUUGGGCAGUUGUUGUGAAGGAAGUCAACGUUCAGCUAUUUUUUGACUGGGUAGAUUGAGAUGAUCCAGGCCAAUGCAACCCUGUGCGCCUGUUCAAGGCAUAUACAUAACCCCUUCUCAAGGUGCCUCUGUAACUUGCCCAACCUCAUGACUGAUAGGUCCCAACAUGGUCCAUUGGUUUGGCUUGACACAAGAAAAUCUAGUACACAUUUUUUGGCUUGUUGUUGAACGAUGCUCUACACUACAGAAUACUAUUACUACUAUGUUGGUGCAACCCUCUGGCGCAGUAGCGCUCCAUGAAGUGUACAAAAUACAGUAAUUUCCCUGCUGCCUCUGCACCUCCCACCGUGUGCCUCGCGCUGCUGCUGUUGAAGAUAGGGGAUGCACGACACUAACAAAGGUCUCUCUCUCUCUCUCUCUCUCUCUCUCUCUCUCUCUCUCUCUCUCUCUCUCUCUCUCUCUCUCUCUCUCUCUCUUUCUUUCUUUCUUUCUUCUUCCUCUUCCACAUCAGUCACAACAACCAUAGCCAAUCAACUUUUGCCUGAACCUGAGCUUGGCCUAUUUUGCCAACUUUUAAUCAACCACCACCAAUCCACCACCGCCACAACCUCUACUACCAAAAUAUACUUGGGUACCAGCCACUUCUGCUUCUCCUCUACUGGUUCAAGUAAUAAACAAUUUCAGGUUAU